AUGAAUGAAACUCAGAAUAAUUACUCACGAAAUAUGAAAGAAAAACCAAAGGAGGAUUUGACGCCAUUUUUGGAUUCACCAAUGCCAGGCACAGUGAUCUCAGUUACAUGUGAACCAGGACAAGAGGUAGCUGAAGGUCAAGAGGUUUGUGUUGUUGAAGCUAUGAAAAUGCAAAAUAGUUUAUGCGUUCAGAAAUCUGGCCGAAUUAAAAAAGUGAACUGUAAACCAGGAGAUAAAAUAUUGGAAGGUGAUCGACUUAUUGAGCUCGAGUAACACUGACUUUUAAAGAAACUUUGCUAAACUGGAGUGAUCCAUAAACACAAGAAAAAAAUAACACUUUUCUGUUCAGACAAUAUUUGAAGUGAAGAAAUUUAAGCAACAAUGAUUUUCUUUUAUCAUGUGAAUAAUUAAAAAUGCAACAAUGAAGGAAAA